GGGCCGUUUCGCUUUCGUUUCCCGCGAGGCUGCGGCUGCGGGCCUCGGGGUCUCCGCCCUCCCGGACUUCCUCGCUCUUUCGGGCGGACUUUUGGGCUUUUCCCAUGGCGGCGGCGGCGGCGGCGACGGCCGUGGCGGUGCUCGGGGUCCCCUCGGACGUGGCCGAUGAGCUGCUGGUGUUUUACUUUGAGAACCGUCGGCGCUCGGGCGGCGGGCCGGUGCAGAGCUGGCGGCGGAGGGGCGGCCGCGCCACGCUAACUUUUGAGCGCCCCGAAGAUGCCCAGAGGGUCCUCUCCAGAAGUGACCAUGCCCUGCAAGGGGUGCAGCUGACGGUCCAGCCCGCCGCUCCUCGGGAUUACGGGAAGGUGCUCCUCCAGGGCCUGAACCCACAAAGCAGCCUGGAGCUGGUGGAGCUGUUCGUGGAGCACCUGCUGGAUUGCGAGAGGGACGCUUACUCCAUCUGCCGCAGCCCUGCCGGGGACCAGGCGCUGGUGCAGCUGCAGGUGGUGCUCAGCCACCCAGAGUUCUUGGCGCUGGCGGAUCGUGUGCAAAGCCGGCUGCUGGACGGGGCCAGCCUGGUGCUGGACUGGGUGGAGCAGACAGACAGCAUCCUGGUCCGGGGUCCCCACGACAGCCAGCUGCAGCCAGAGGUGCUGACCCUCUACUUUGAGAGCAGGCGGAGUGGCGGGGGCCGUGUGCAGGCAGUGCGGCUUCUCCCGGGGGGCAUGUUGGCCGUGGUCUCCUUUCAGGACCGCACAGUGGUGGAUCGGGUGCUGAAGCAGCCCCACCAGCUCCCAGUUGGCAACCUGAAGGUCUCCCCUCACUACGACUUCCUGGAGCCCCCGGAGGCAGCGGCAGAGCUGCAGGCGGCAGGAGCUGGCGUGGCCCUGCCCACCACCCUUCCUGUCGCAGAAGCAGCUACAAGGCGACUGCUGCAGUCCACGGGCGUCCUGCAGGAGCUGGGGGCCUCUGCUCCCGAGUGCAUUCUGCGCUGCGAGGAGGCUGAGCUACACAUCUCGGGUGGGGAUCCAACUCGGCGGCAGCAGUUGCGGGAGCACAUCCAGGCCGCCUUGCAUGCGGUGGUGCAGGAGCGGCUGCCCUGCUCAGCCUGGGUGCUCGAGUUCCUGCAGCUGGCAGAAGUGCGGGAGCACCUGGUGGAACGGCUUGCUGAGCGCGGGGUGGGCGCCUGCUACAUUCCCAGCGCAGAGGAGGUGCUGGUCGUGGCCCUGAAGCCUUCUGUGGCUCAGCUGGCUGCUUCCCUCCUGGACUCCUUUCUCAGCUCCGUCUCCCUGCCCUUGUCCGAGCGGCAGCUGCUGGCCUUGGCGUCCCCCCACUGGGCCCAGGUGCAGGCGGGACUGCGCUGCUGCCUGGUGCGUCUGGCUGAGGAUGGGGAGCACCUGGAGGGCCUCACCCUUCCUGGCCUGGAGGAGGAGAACGUGGCUGAGCUGACGCGAGGCCUGCAGGACUGCCUGCCGGAUGAGGUGCUGGUGACCACAGAACCUGGCCGUCUUCGCUACCUUCAGCUCCAUCGCUGUGAACUGCUGGCUGGCUUGGCUGAUGUCACCCUGCUGCCCCUGGAGGGAGCCGAGGUCACGGGCUUGCGGCUGAGCGGUGAUGCUUGGGCGUGUCGAGCCGCAGCUGACCUCCUGCAGAGUCUGCUCUUUGCCAUCCGGGUUCGGUCUGUGGUGCUGCAUCUGCCUGGUACGAGCCGCUUCUUGCUGGAGGAGCGUGGCCAGGCCAUCCUGCAGGGCCUGGAGAGGAGCUUCUGCUGUGCCUUCGGGCUGGAGAAUCUCCAGUGGUACUCCCCAGAGACCCAGCACACGUUGGAGACGUCCCAGGAGCCCAUUGCCCUCGUGUGCCAGCGGGAUUCCCUGCGUGGCCUCAAGCAGCAGCUGAAGAGCCCAGAAGCUAACCUGGAAGAGAUCAAGGGCCUGCUGGCUGCCCUCCAGCCUCCCCGGAUGGCCCCUCCUGCAGCAGGGCAGGAGGGGCAGACCGCUACAGCCGUGGAGCCAUUGGCGGACGUCCCCCCCGCCUUCGAGCAGCAGACCAGCUUGGCUGACCUCGACGUAAUGGAAGAAGGGCCCUUGCCCAUCCCAGGCCCCAUUCCAAGCACGGCAUUGGAGGAGGAGGAGGCCCAGCUGCUCCUGGCCAUCCAGCAGUCCAUGGACAGCGCUCGGCAGGAAGUGGAGGAGCUGGCGCGUGCCACGGAGCUCUCUCUGCGCUCUGAGCAGGAGCGGCCAUCCAGUCCUGAUGCCGACAUCCUGUCUGUCAUGAAAGCCUCUCUGGAGGCAGCGGCUGCAACCAGUCUGCAGGUCUACACCGCCUUGGAAGAGGAGGCAGAGGCCGUGGUGCAGGAGCUGGAACGUGCCCUGGGCAUGCAGGUGCGGGAGGAAACGGUGCAGAAUGAGGCCCUCUUGUCCCUGCCCGCUCUCUGCCUUGACUACCUGGCCUACCUGGAGAGGAAGCAUGCGGUGAGCAUCAAGCUUGCUGGCCCUGUAGCCACCGUGUUGGGCUUCUUGGACUAUCCUGUGGCCGCCACCCGAGACCUCGCCCUGCUGCUGGCUCGGCUGCUGCACGUGGGAGUGGCCAUGGGCGGUGGGGAUGCCCGCUGGGUCCGGUGGGAGCCCUCGGAGCAGGGCUUCCCCACCCCCUAUUCGGCCCAGGCCAGUGCCCUGCUGGAGCAAGCAUGGUGCCGCGGCCACAAGCGCAUGGAGGUGUUCUUCGAUGGGCGGCCUUUUGCUGUGGACUUUGAGCGGAUGGAGGAGUAUGACGUUGGCAAUGGCCGCACUCUGCCCAUUGGCCGCACCGAGCUCCAGCCUCCACUCGCUUCUCCAGCCCUGCUAGACCCCCCAGCUGAGGGCGAAGUGAAGCUGCUCCCCCUGGCUGAGGACUCCGCAGAGUUUCAGAUGACCGUCCGAGGCUUCUACGACACGCUGGGCGGCCUUCACAGCCAGCUGUGCAUCGUCAAGCUGGAGAAGGUGAUGCACCCGCUGCUCUACCAGCAGUACCAGCUGAAGAAGGCUGCCAUGGAGAAGGCCUGCGGGCACCGGGCGGUGGAGCGGAUCCUGUACCAUGGCACAACAGAGGAGUCCAGCCAUGAGAUCUGCCAGCACGGCUUCAACCGCAGCUUUUGUGGCAGGAACGCCACUCAUUACGGCCACGGCGUCUACUUCGCAGUCAAGGCGCAUAUCUCGGCGCAGGAUCGCUACUCGCCUCGCAGCCCCGAUGGCAACAAAUAUGUCUUUGUCACCAGGACGCUGGUGGGGGACUACACAGCGGGCAACGCUAGCAUGCGAGCCCCUCCCCUGCGGGAAGGAGAUGCCACCCUCCGGCGGUACGACAGCACGGUAGACAACCCAAAGAAUCCCUCCAUCUUCGUCAUCUUCAACGACACACAGGCCUACCCCGAAUACCUCCUCACCUGUCGGUGGGUGAACCCGAAGGGGAGGCCUCCCCCCACCUAGUGAAGAUCGGCUGGUUUCCUGUGGGGGGAGUGGGCUCCUGAGCAGGCAAGGGCAGAGCUGGGAAGGGCAACAGGGCACGGCAGUGGGAGCAGUUCACGGAGGGCAAAGCAUGGCGGUGCCCACAAGAGACUCGCCCUGCCCCCUUCCUUGAAGGUGGGCCUCAGGCCCCGGGGCAGCGCCUGGAAGGCUCCCUCGCCAAGGUCCCCUUCCAGGCAGCCCCAAGGAUGAUUUUGGGUCACCCAAGACACACACACUGGGGUGUCCUGCUCUUCAAGUGCUCCCCCCCCCUUUUGUUGUUCUUUUUUUGAAUAGCUGGUUUUUUCUUUAAAGCUACAGACGUGAAUAAAAA